AUGCUUCGGAUGUUGAUGCAAAAAUUGCGCGACAUCCUCAGGCAGGAGGUCGCCGGCAUGGGGCUGCUGGCGGUCAACGCGUUUGCGUGGUCGUUGGACCAUCUGGAUGAUGUGCAUCGCAGCUACGAUCCGCUCAUCGUUGAGAACCCGAAGCUGGUCGGCGUAAAGGCGCUCCGACUGGAGCUGGUGCACUACGUGGAGAAGGCCGCUCUGAACACACGGGAGGCGGCGUCGACCGUGGGUCGCGGCGUCGGAACCGGCAUCGCUCUGGGUGGGGAGGCCGACGAGGCUGCGGCGAAGUCGCACUCUGGCGGGCACGGACCCACAGAUGGCAGCAAGGAGGAGCACGAGAGGGAGGACGAGGAGGGGGGCAGGGAGCAGGACGGUGGCUCGGACAAGAAGGAGGAGGACGAGGAGCGUGAGGACGACGACGUGAUGGUCACCGGCGAAGAGGAGGCUGUACAGUUUGCCAGUGAGAAGGUUGCGGAUAAGAGCGGUGGCAGCGGACCCAAGUCGGGCAAGAAGGCGCGGGGCAGCGGUGGAUCGACCACAACUAGGAUGGCGUCUAAGGCGGCUAUUGACCGUCUGAAGGCGGCGGAGAGGGAGAACAAGAAGCUGAGGGAGGAGAAGCUGGUGGCGGAGAAGAGGCUGGAUUUCCAGACGGCACGGAUGGACACGCUAUUUGGCGUGGUCACCUCGGCCGUGAGCAAGCUCACGACGGUCGCCGACAGCAUGACCUCUCACGAGCAGAUGUCAGAGAGGAGCCUCCAAACGGUGGUGGACGCUAUGAGGGAGGUCGUGCAGGAGGCGGUGAACUGCCGCGGCUCCACCCUAGAAUUCAUGAACGAGAAGUGGCUGCCCAUCGUACAGGCCCUGCACUUGACGGCUUCUGCUGCACAGGGUAGGCGAUGGGAAGACGACGUGCCGUUGCAAGGUGUGGCAGAUGCUCUGGGUGAGAAGAUCAAAACCGUCAUCUCUGAUGAGGUGAAUGCCGCCAUGGAGAUCGAGGCGCAGGGGAUCGCCGUUGCCGAGACUGCGAAAGUCGUCCAAGAGCUUAGGGACGACCUGGUGAAGGCGGUCACCUUAGCAGGUCGACCCUCCCUCGUCGAUCCUGUGGAUGGGCCCACCUAA